AUGCGCAUAUUUUUUUCGAUUCUCUCUUGUCUCAUCGUCACGUUUUCUGCUGCUCCAUUGCCAGUCAUCUCGCCGAACAUCCAUCGUUCGCCUCAACAUAAACAUAGUUUUCUAGAUCUUCCAUGGAGUGGUUCCAGUUCAGUAAAUUUGGAUUCAUGGGUUUGCGGAGCUAGUGAUACCCAGUUUUAUGCUUCUCACAAACUUUUUGCAUAUACUUGUGAUGAGAAAAUGCCUGAAGUUAAUUUAUGUUGUUCUGUCCAUGAUGCAUGCUAUGACAACUUAAUUGGUGGCAGGGAUAAUUGUGACGAGCAUUUUUGUAAAUGUCUCACUACCGCACUAACCAAACCUAACCUUCCACUUGGGUGUACCACAAUCGUCACUGAUGCUGCUUGUAAAUUGGUAGAAUUCUUUGGAGGAUACUUUUAUGGAGAGAAAACAAGAGAUGUUGACAUACUAAUCUCUUAUCAUCCCGCAUUGAAUCAAACUGCAAACAAGGAAUAUAACCAUCUUUACAAAGUUUGUCCUGGAUACAGAAAACCAUUACUCAGCUGUGCCUAUAAUCAUUUGGUGUGCAAGUUAAGAAUGUUGCCAUUCGAGAGAUACCCUCAAGAAUACAGAGAUUGUCGGGAACAUCUCAUUACUUGUAUGGAAGAAUCAUCCAAAUUUCUUGAGAUGCGAAAAAUAGAAAAGUGUUCGGAGCAGUUGGAUAUUGCUCUGGAAGCUAUCAAAGAUGAUGCCCGACUAUCAGGACUUGAUGAAAUGUAUCAUUACCAUACAAAUGCAACUACAACUACUAUUGACUAUACUGUUAUGGAAAUGAUAAUGAAAUAA